CUAAGAAAAAUUUUCACCAAGAUAUACAAUAAAUUUUAGUUAAACUUUUAAUCAGAAUUUUUAAAAACUGAUUAAUCCUACGCAAUGCCAUAGUUUAUAACUUUGCAAACAUGAAAGUAAAAUAUGUUAUGGUAUGUUGCUACGGUAUAUUAUUAUUUUGUAUACAAGAAAAUAAAUAAUAAAAUUAUCUUACUUAUCUUACUCGAUCUUUCUUGCAAUAUUUAAAAGUAUUAAAUAGAGAAAUUUGGCAAAAUAUGUUCGUUGAGAAAAAUAUAUUAUUCGCUUUUUUUCCCAAUCCACAAUCGUUCUUGUUUUUAUUACGAUUCUUUCGUAGCUAUAUUUGUUAAAUAACUGAAAAGAAAUGAUUCGAUAAUUCUUAGAAAUCGUGUACUUCUUCGGGCGUAAUACGUAGCGUCGUUUCUCGUGCGUAAACGGAUUAAUACGAAAAGAUUGACUUUCACUGGGACUUCAUUGCUUUCUGCUUCGCGACACGCCGAAAGCUUUCUACUUUUCACAGUUAUCGUGUAAUAAAAAGAUUCUUUAAAAAGUUUUUACAUAUAGAAGAUUAAAGGAAAAGAAAAAAAAAGAGAAGUGCUUCAAACAUGAAACGAUUAAAUAGUCCGAAAAUCUUGAAACCGACCGACGUCAAAAAUUCAAACAUGAGAAUCGGGGAAACUAUGAGAUUUACUUUUAAGAACGGAGAUAGUUACGAAGGAAAAUAUCAAGUAAACAUUGACAGACGCACCUUGGUUAAGCAAGAUCAGGGAGUGUACAUAACUGAUAAUUUCGACGUAUACGAUGAAUGCAAUUCUAAUUCUGAAAAUGUUGAUACUAAUAACGUCACUGUCUACGUUUAUACAAGAUAUAAUAAUAAUGCACGAUACAAAGGGUACGUUGACGCGAACGGAGUGAUGAAUGGUACAGGAACGUAUAUUUUUCCCGAUGAAUCCACACUAUCGUCAGUAUGGUCUCAAAAUAAACCCAUCUUGAACAUUGUUUACAAAAAACCGCUUGGAUAUGAAUGGACAACCACAUCAAUUUCCGAUAGCCAUGUUAUGUUUACAACUGUUAAUCAAUUCUGGAAUGAAAUACAUGAAGAAUCUGCGAAAGAAAACUUUCCUUCUGUUCGACAUUGAUAAAAUUAAUAUGAAUCACAAUUAUAAUUGCACAAAUACGUAAAAUGUUAAUUAAAAAUUAAUUUAUGAUUUAUUGUAGACAUAUAUUUAUAUAAAUUCUAAACAUGAUUGUUGUAUUUACAGCGAAAUACAUACGAUUAAUAAUUGCA